AUGUCAGACAGGCUCAGGGAACGCAAAAGAACCCCGGUUUCUCAUAAGGUGAUCGAGAAGCGGAGGAGGGACCGCAUCAACCGCUGCCUGAACGAGCUGGGCAAGACAGUGCCCAUGGCCCUGGCCAAACAGAGUUCCGGCAAGCUGGAGAAGGCGGAGAUUCUGGAGAUGACAGUUCAGUACCUCAGAGCUCUGCACUCGGCGGAUUUCCCCCGGGGGAGGGAGAAAGCAGAGCUUUUAGCGGAAUUCGCCAACUACUUCCACUAUGGUUACCACGAGUGCAUGAAGAACCUGGUGCACUACCUCACCACGGUGGAGCGGAUGGAGACCAAGGACAGCAAGUACGCGCGCAUCCUCGCCUUUCUGCAGUCCAAGGCCCGCCUGGGCGCGGAGCCCGCCUUCCCGUCGCUCUCCCUCCCGGAGCCGGAUUUCUCCUAUCCGCUGCCUCCGGCGGGCUCGGAGUUGGCAGGCCACGGCCCCGGCGAGGCCGCUGUGUUCCCGCAGGGCGCUAGCCCGGGGUCAUUCCCCUGGUCGCACGGCGCGGCCCGCAGCCCGGCCCUGCCUUACUUGUCCAGCCCGCCGGUAUCUCUCCCCGGCCCGGCGCAGCAGCACAGCCCGUUCUUGGCUCAGAUGCAGGGCCUGGACCGGCAUUACCUCAAUCUGAUCGGCCAUACUCAUCCCAACCCCCUCAACCUGCACGCGCCCCAACACCCUCCCGUGCUCUGACGCCCACCCAGCGCCUGGAUUACUUGGCGAUUUGGGUGGCGGCUUGAAACACAACCUGUAUAUGCUGUACAUGUGUAAAUAACGGGCCAACAGAAACUGGACGGGAGCGAGCCAAGAGCCAGUUGGCCUAUCCGAAGGACCUC